CACUUGAUUCUGGAAGGGUCGCUUUGCUUGUUCAAGACCAACAAGACCAAGCGGAGCUCACUCACGUUUUUAUCACAGUCGAAUCACUCUCACGCUCAUCCACACACUCUCACUCACUACUCACUCUCGCUAAUCCACACACUCUCACUCACUCUCACUACUCACUCUCACUAAUCCACACACUCUCACUCACUCUCACUUACUCUCGCUCAUCCACACACUCUCACGUACUUACUCUCGCUCAUCCACACACUCACUCUCACUCGCUCACUCUCACGCUAAUCCACACACUCACUCUCGCUCACUCAUACACACACUCACUCACACUCGCUCACUCUAACGCUUAUCCACACACACACUCUCACGCUUAUCCACACGCUCAAUCUCACACAUACACUCAAUCACUCUCACGCAUACACAAAGUCAAAUAUACCCCUAUAGCCUUAACAGACUGUUGGGACAGGUGCAAAUACACACCCCCUCCAUCUCACAAACAGACAGACACUCACUAACGCUCAAUCUCUCACAUACUCAGACACUCACAUUCCAUCACACAGUCAGACACUCACGCUUAAUCUCUCUUUCACACACUCAAACUCAAUCACACACAGACACAGACACUCACACGCACAUAGACACUCACACGCACACAGACACUCAAUCUCUCUCACACACUCAGACACUCACUCACACUCAACCGCACACACACAGACACAGACACUCACGCUCAAUCUCACACACGCACAGACACUCACACGCACACUCAGACACUCACUCACACUCAAUCUCUCUCACACACUCAGACACUCACGCUUAAUCUCUCCUUCACACACUCAAACUCAAUCACCCACAGCCACUCACACGCACACAGACACUCACACUCAAUCUCUCUCACACAAUCAGACACUCACUCGCACUCAACCGCACACAUACAGACACAGACACUCACGCUCAAUCUCACAAACGCACAGACACACGCACAUGACUGGCGGCCAACAAAGCGUCUCGAGCGACUGGGAGACUGAGAGGAGUUCGUGACGAGGAGCAGGAGAUCGUCAUGACCCCGUGGACAGCGAUGCUCCGUCUUUUGCUAAUGGUGCUAUUCCUGCAGGAACUGUCUGGCGCCAAGGAGUGUGGCGAUGGAUUCUACAAAUCAUCAAAUGAAGUCUGCUGUGAGCUGUGCCGUGCAGGGAUGCACAAAGUGAUGGACUGCAUAGGUGAAGGAAAGGGUGCCUUGUGUGAGCAGUGCCCUAAGGGCACAUUCAUAGACAGAGACAACCAGGAGAAGGUGUGUCCGUCAUGCAGCAGCUGUGGACCAGGCGAGGAGGCGGCUGUGAACUGCUCCGUGGCCCAGGACACGGUGUGUCGGUGCACGGAGGGGCUCAAAAGAGACGGCGACUCGGGAAUUUGUGUGCCUGAGGAGUUGGAAAACCAAGGUAACGCCACGUCAUUCGUGUUGGCAGCAGCCCUCAUCUUCGUCCUGACUGCACUCGUGUUUGUCAUAGUUUACUUCUACAUGAAACUAAAGGGGUUGACUUUUAAAAGGAUGUUGAAGCGAUCCGACACUACUCAUACAAAUAAUGAGCAUGAUGAAAAUCUACCGCUUGUUCUUGUCGUGCAAAAUGAACACAAGGUGCCAUUUGGAGUUCAGAGGAGCAAUGAGAACAGCGAGACAAUGCAACUCAUCCAAGAGAACAAAGAUAAUCUAAAGGUCUGGAUUGGAGUGGAUCCCUCUGCCUUCUUGGAGCAUCUCGAUGGCUUCAAAUUGAUUCCACGGCACGUUCACCAAGCGGCCGUCAUCAAGGGCGGAGAGGAGAGUGUUGAGCUCGUACUGGACCACUGCAUCUGCCAGGGAGAGGUGGGCUGUGAGAAGCUGUGGGAUGCCCUCUACUCUGUGAGGAAGCAAUACGUGCAUCUAUGGAAGUGGAUUCAGACACACGGUGAGGCAUUGAGAGCCGUUCAAGAUAAGGAGUCUGAUCUGAAGCUGUGGAUUGCCAGAGACCCCAAGCAUCUUCUGCUGCAGCUGAUGAGUCGUGGACGGAUCCCAAACGAGCUCUUCACCAAGGCCAAGAGCAUCCGGGAUGGCGCAGAGUGCGCAGAGCUGCUGCUCGACUACUUCGUUAAGAGAGGGAACGACGACUGCCUCAAGCUGCUCUUCGCUCUGCAGGCUGUGCAGGACGAGUAUUCUGGACUGAAGGAGUGGCUGGGAGGCCUUGACUUCCUCCGGAGACUCUCCAAGUCCCCCGUGGUUCUGAACAAGUACAGCGACUUUGUCCUCCGGGACAAAAUCCGCUUCAAGACGAGGGAGCUGCUCAUGGCGCUGCGCAACGACCUGACGCCUCUGCUCUCCCAACUGCAGAUCAGGAAUAUACUCACCGACAACAGUGUGCGGGCCGUGAAAGAAAUGCAAGUUCGGCAAGGCAGCGAGAAGGCGACACAGCACAUGGUGGAGUUGGUGAUGGCGAGGGGACGACCCAGGGUCAAGCAAUUCUGGGAGGCGCUGUGGGACCUCAGGGAAAGUUACCCAGACCUGGAGGACAUCUUUGAGAAGUUCUAAUGGAUGGAACCAGAAAGAGAGGGAAGACUGACAGCGACUAUGACUUGACGACAUCACAAGAGAUUGGUGCCAGAAAGAUGUGUCCACUACCUGAGCAUAGUGGCACGACAAGACAGGGAGAGGAAAGUGGAAACAAAUGACGAAACGUGCAGUGAACCACGACCUACGACUAUGGGGAUAUCUGCCCUAUGGAUCGUGAUGAUGAUGAAUGGAUGUGGGGGGGGGGGGGGUGCGUGGGGGUAGUUGUGGCCCAGUGGUUAGUGCACUGCACAAACCAAGGUGGCUAGGAUAUGUUAAUUACCGCGCCUCAUAUAUAGGACAGGAGGUCGUGGGUUCAAUCGCGACCCAGACGCCUGCUGUUUAUUUGUAGUUUGCAACAUCUCUCUCCCUGUGGUCACAUGGAUUUUUAUCCAAGUCCUCCGCUUUUCCUUUCCACAUGAAGAAUUCACGUGACAUGUUUAAGGGUAUUUGACUGCUAUAAAAUUCCACGUGAUGAUAAGAUUUUGUUGAGCUGUCAUUUCGGAUAGCCAUGUCGCUUCUGAAAAAGAGCUAUUGUAUAGCUCAUUGGGCCUUUACUUGUAAAAUAACAAAAAAGUUUUGAUAAUUUAUGAACCCAACUCCUCUGUCUGCUUCUUCCCUGGCACUGCUCUACUUUGUAAUUCCCUCCCAUCGUGUCUUGUGUCCCCCAAGUUUUUGUAACAACCCUUGCCCAAUUCAAGAAAUGUAUUGUCCAUUGCCAGCCAUGCAGAGGAAUGUGCAUGGUUGUCGUGUGGGGUGUUUAGUGAACGAGACCGGAUUAAUCGGUCCUAUUCAUUAAGAUUACUAUCUUUAAUCUUUGGUUCAUUUAAGUUAUGGUCGACUUAUUUUAACUUUGUUUUAUUAUUUUAUAAAUAGCAUCACGAUAUAUUUUAAAAUAUACAUUUAAUCACAGGCCAAGAAAGAUGUAUUCACUUGCUUUAGAUCGCUGCCACUUCCAGAGCAGACCACGUUGCCAGGCUUCCUCACUGCCAGGCCAGGGAUGCCUGAUAUGGCCAUGGUCGCCAUUUUUAAAAAAUGGCCGCGAGUAAUCAGCCCCGAAAAACAUUCGUAGAAGAUUACAAUUCUUGCUCGAUUAGUCAUCAUUAGUGAUGUCAUCACCUUACUGGAUUCAUCAUCAUCGGUGAUGACAUCACCUUACUGGAGUCAUCAUAGAGCAAGGCGAUGACAUCACUAAUGAUGACGAAUCCAGCAAGGUGAUAUCAUCGCCUUGCUCUAUUAUCUACAGUGGUGACAUCACCUUCACUCGAUUUAAGACCAGAAACAGGAAGACUUCUUUACAAUUCUGGCAAAUCCUCUGAUGAAGCUGUUGGUUGUUGUUGUUGUUGUAAUCGCCAGAUAAAUAUCACAGCAGUACUGAGGAAGGAAGGUCUCAGAAGUGUCAAAGGGGUCGCGUGUGGUAGGACAAACAGUGAUAUCUCCAAUGUUUUUUAAGGCAUCCGACUAGCAUGUAAGAGUAGGCGAAAUAUUUCCCACGGGGAGGGGCUUUCUUUUUGGGGCCCUAUGGUGGCUUGGAGAUGUUAACUACAUCGCCUGGUUUCCAGGAAGUUGUGGGUUCGACCCUGACGCCUCCUGUACAUUUGGAGUUUGCAUCACCCUCCCCGUGGUCGCAUGGAUUUUUCUCUGGGUCCUCCGGUUUUCCCUCCACAUUUAGGCAUUAACAUCACACGUUUAGAGUUUUUGGCUACUGCUAUCCAUUUCCACACGAUGUUGAUGAUAUCAGCCACUUCGUUGGGCUAUCAUUUGUGAUAGUCAGGUUCACUUCUAAAAGAAGAGAUAUGUACCUUAGUGGGGCCUUACCUGGUAAAAUAGUGCAACAUAUCCUCUGGGGGGAGGGGCUUUGUCGAUGCCCCUCUUGUGGAGGCCUUUCCACCAGUAGUGACCCACGUAAGUCAGUUCAAUACUGCCCCUUUACCUUCUAGAAUAUGUCUUGAUACUGGAGGAAUCUGAUGAACUAUAAAGCUCUUUUUUUCACAGAUGUCCAGUAUGACCCUUGAUAGUCAUACAGUCACGUCACAAAUUCCCUUCACUUCUAUUCACUCCCCCGAGUCUCUCUCCACGAACGACGUUUCGUCAACGGUGCUUAUGGUCGACACAUUUUAGAGCCCCCUGGGCUCUUACCAAAAUUUGCCAGCUCCCAGGGCCCUGAUUGGCCGACCCGUAGAGUUCAAACCGGCCAUUGGUACGGCAGGCACAUGAAGGUUACAGCCCAAUGACUUCCCUUGGUUGAAGUUCCACUGCAGUGGCCGUUUCAUUGUUACAUUGCCUUCCUGUCAACCCCUUAUCAGUGCCCCUACCUUAUUACAGACCAAUUCAGACCUUGCCCCGUGCCCUUAUAAAUCUCAACGCUCAUCCUAUAAUGUCCCAUCACAAGGGAGAAACAAAAACAAAUAGAUUUAACACAUUGUUGCAACGUAUUGAAACGGCUGUCCACCGCGUGGACCUGAAAACUACAUUUCCCUGUACAAGAAUACGGGUAAACCGUAUGGGUUGACAGCUGUGACAUUGCGUUCAAUGGUCCCGUGUUAAAGCCGGUGUUAGGCCGUGACGAUGUUAUCCAGGUCACUGAAGGGAGCUCCCCCUGGCUUGUGGAGCGAAACUCCGGACAUCGUGCACGAGCAACAACAACAACAACUCAGCCGUGGAACCCGAAAACACAUCGGAGGAGCUUUACAGCACAACCUGCGAAAAACCUACGCAGUGCAGUAUUUCAGAAUAGUAUUUUUUGUUAGGAUAGAAGCAACACAGAAUAAUAGUGUAUGCUGCGAUACGGACACACAGCUAUUUCGAGAGUGUUUGCAAGUUUAUAUUUAUUGAAACACUGUAAUACAUUUUUUAUACUAUAUAUUACGUAACACGAUUUAUGUUCCUGGGUAGUAAGUGUUCAUCUAUAAUUGCUUAUGUCUCAAAAGUAUCGAAAAUGGCUACUAUUCCCCACAAACUUUGCUUUUGUGACCAGGACAUUACGUAAAUGAAUGACACAAAUGCACACGUGUCCUCAUUGAAAAUAGGUACAUUUCAAAAUAUCACUGUCCUGGUCACAAAAGCAAAGUUUGUGGGGAACAAUAGCCAUUUUCUGUACUUUUGAGGCAUAACCAAUUAGGAAAUAACACUUACUACCCAGGAGCAAAAAGAUAAUACAUUUGUUACACAGUGUUAUCAAUGGAGUGGAUUAUUAACGUUGCUUUUGUGUCUUGGUCACAAAAGCAAAGUUUGUGGGGAAUAAUAGCCAUUUUCUGUAUUUUUGAGGCAUAAGCAAUUGGGAAAUAACGCUUACGACCCAGGGACAAAAAAUAUAUAUUUUUUGUUACACAGUGAUUCAGUCACCGUGGCCAAAUAAGCUAGUUAUAAAAGAAUACUCUCUAGACAGAAUCUCAACAAGUCCCAAGAAAAAGCAUUUGUUUUAUUUUACCAGGUAAAGCCUCACUGAGCUAUGUAUCUGUUUUUCAGAAGCAAAUGAGAGACGUAAAGAGGAAAUCGAUUCUCGGAUAAAACCGAACCCCCCCCCCCCCCCCCCCCCCCCCCCAGAAUCCGUGCCAAUUUGCUUCAGUACGGAUGCGAAUCUCUCAGCUGCCCGGCUAGUUUACACUUCACUCGCUGUGCGAUUCACAGGGACGUUUGUCCGAAUGUUGAACGAACCAGCGUCCAAUAAGCACGGAAAUAUACACCUUCCUGCAUAUCCCUGUGCAGAGCCUCGAAUCUCGGUGCUAUACAACGGCAGUGUAUGUGUAACGGCGUAAGUAGCGCAGGAGACGUCGACGGAGGCAACACGUAUUUAUUAACAAGAGCUACGAUACAGCACGUAGCGCACCCUAACACUUGAAGGGGUAACGGCCCCUUCACCCGGUUCUAUCCGAGGCAGUGUCCCUCAGCUAACGUUUCCCCGUUAGCUCCUACUACACCCCUCUAACCCAGACCAUCCUAGUGGAGGCUAACUGACCUGGCCCAGCUUCGGCUCAGGUCCGACCCUCAGCCACACGAGCCUGGCCCUCACAAGGACACAGACCUCGCUGCUCUGAGGUCGCCCCUGGCUUGCCCUGCUCGGCUCUUAUAAGAACUGGCAGACAGGACAGUCUCAGGGCUAGCUAGCUCCUCUUCAAUCUUCACUGGCUCUUGAUUCUCUUCUGCUCCAACGACUGCCUCGAGCUCUCUCGCGCACCGCCUUAUAUACCCAACUGCCCCCCCGAGGGGCGGGGCUGUAUGCGGACGUUGAUGUAGACACCCCAACGUAACGGCUUGCUACACCCCGGUACGUAAUACCUCUAUAUAUGUAUGAUAUAUAUGAUGCGUUCGCCCUUGUUUUCUAUUCCACGGUGUAGGUAGUUUUAAUUGUGUUUUUGUUUGAUUUGAAGAUAUUUUUUCGUGUUUUUACCUCAAACUGUGCUGAAAAAAAACUGUUUUGUAAUUGUUUUACUUUUGUAAUUUUUCAGUCGGUACCCUGAGCCAAUGAAGUAUUUAAGCAAAGGGGUUGGGUUGGGAAAUCUGCAGUCUGUGAGCCAGAUGUGACGCGGGACAUUAUUUCAAUGGCCACAUGAAAGCCAUACGUUUCUAACUGGCACUCAAGUUAUAUUUAUGCGUGACUACAAGCACUACAAGUGAACCUUAUGGCAGUACCCCGGGGUACCAUAGUACCCCGGCUCUCGCAUAAUGUUCGUGAUGCAGUCAUUUUUAGUCUGUUGAUGAUCGGCAAUGCGGCAAUCGACUCAUCUCGACGAGCUGUACACGAUGCACUAUUCAAAGUUGAAUUUUUCGAUAACGGAUUUUUCAUGCUAAUGUUUGGCGUUUCGACAUCGUGGAGGAGCACUGAUUUAGGAUUGAUUGGUACCCCAGUCGCGGAGUUAAGUACACCCCUGGAAAAAAGUGUCCCAGAAAUAAAAUAUUUAAUUGCCUCGGCCAUUUUGUAUUGUGUCACUACAACAUAUGUGCACACUAUUAUAUACUACACUGCUAUACACUACACUAUACACUACAAUACAACACAUCACUGUUAUACACGACACACUACACUAUAUGUUACAAUAUACUACACUACUAGACACCACUACUAGACUAGUAACAUGACACUAUACACUUUGGGUGAGUGGUGGGCAUCGGGUGAGUGGUGGGAGAGGUUAAUUGGGAUUUUGACAUGAAGCUACCAACGCGUGGGCGAACCCAAAAACAUCUGCCGAGAUAAUCGCCACAACAACAAAAAACUUUCUUAAAACUAUGUCAGUGCAUUUGUAGUGGGUCGUAUGGAGACGGAGUCUUCUUAGGAGGCAACACGUAUUUAUUUAACAAUAACGUGAACACACGGGGUCCCUAACAUAAAGGGGUAACGGCCCCUCCUACCCGACGACCUGAAGAGAUAUAGCCUCCGGGCUAACGUGCCCUAGUCACUGGGACCACCUAAUCUUAGCCCUCCGGCUAACAGGACCUAGGGGAGGCUGACCCGACCCAGCCAAGGGCUUAGGGUCUCGACCACUGGCCCACUUAGACCCGGCCCUGAUUAAGGACGUCUGGUCCGGGGACCCUCAAUGUCCUCGUCUUCAGGCGAGCUCUUCAGUGUUCAGCUUGACGCUGACUGCCGGAGCUGCUCUGGGGUCCGGCUUUUAUGGGGCUCCCAGGGUCACUCCACCCCGGCCACGCUCACUCUCUGGAACCUUCUGGAGGGACCUAGAUUGUUGCACAAUCCCCCAGCCCCCACCUCGAACCGCCCCCCAGAUUGCCUGACCCACGAGUCCAACUUGGUACAGACCGGACCCGCCAUUGCCCCCUGUUGGGCUCUGACUGGAGGUACAUAGUUUCCAGUAGUGGUGGCAGUUACAACACAUUGCCACACAAACCCCAUUGUAUAAGCAGGAGCUGACAAUACGCAGCCUACGGUGCUUUGUAUUACAUGAUGUUUGUACCAGACCUGAAUAAACAUAACAUGAUUUUUUUCCA